AUGUUCACCGCCAAACCUGUCAGUAGAUUCCUCGUGCGUCAUCCGAUGAUGAUGAACAAGAUGGGAAAGCAAUGUAUCUCAGAAAUGAUGAAACAACAACAACAACAACAUGCCAAGUUUUCGACCAACAUGAUUUCAUCCUUCCUUUCGGACUCUGCUGACAUCGAGGCCAUCGACAAACAUACCAGAAUUCAAGCAUUCAAAGAUUUUCUCAACAAGGAUAACAAAAUUUCUAUAACCAAAGAAGAAUUCCUUCGUUUGGCUCAAGAAAAGAUUAAAAUUUCUAGGGAAGAAGCUGAAACAUUGUUGCAACAAUUUGGUUCUGCUGCUGAUGUAUUACUAUUGCCUGAAAAUGAAACUUUGAAAGAUCUUGUCAUUCUCAAGCCAAAUCUCAUUACCAAUAGACUUUUACAACAUCUGAACGCUGACAUUGUUGAACAAGAAGUCGAAAUGAGAAAAGACCGGUUAUUACAAUUGGAGAAGGAACUUAUUCCUCUUCGUCGUGUGAAGGAAGAUUGUGAUAAGUUGGCUGCAAAAUCUGUCAAUAGAUUAUUGUGGGGAGGAUUUGUCUAUUUAGUUACACAAGCAUCAAUUUUGGCUAAAAUGACUUGGAUUGAUUAUGGUUGGGACGUAGUAGAACCUAUCACUUAUUUUGUGACAUUCUCAACAGCUACUCUCGGUUACAUUUACUUUAAUUUCUUGAAACGUGAUUAUUCCUAUGAGCAUGCUACUGAAAUUUUGUUGCAUAAGAAACGUUUGAAGUUUUACAAGCAAGUUAACUUUAAUUUUGAAAAGUAUCAAGAACUAGUUAAGGAAUACAAUUUUAUUGUUUCACAAAUUGAGGCCAAUAUCAAACUCGUUUACGGAACUGUGCCACUCAAAUGUGAAGAAUUGUUACACGCCAUCAAGGAACAAGCUUUGAAGGAAUAUCAAGAGGGAAAACAAUCAUCAUUGUAA